UUCAGUUGGAGCUCAACCAGCAUCCGUGGUGGUUGAUUUUUCAUCUCGUCUUUUUUUCCUCCUUCGUAAAUUCCCAUAUUUCCUAAAAAAUUGGCUAAACUUUUAAUUGACACUUUCCCCCUCUCACAUUUACCACCUACUUAAUCUGCGUAUCGCUGAUUUGACCUGAUUCGAAAGAAAGAUGGCUCAACGAAAUCGAGCCGAGUGGAAUAAGAACUUUGCGAGCCCAAAUUCAACGAAUGCGAAAUUCAAUAAAAACCGAAUUCCCCACCCUGCGGCUCCCUUGUUCGUGCAUGGCUUUCGGAGACGAGGCGGACUCCGACCAGAGACAGCACCUGGACCCAAACCGACGGUUUCGUCCAAAAUCACGGUCGCCCAGACUGCAAAACGGAAUCACUUGAGGAAGGGUUCGUGGCGAGACCCAGGGAAACAAGAUCCCAGUAAACCAACGGAGUUUAUGGACUUGAAUACUGAAGAUCGUCUCCGCAUUUACAACAUGAUUACAACGAAGGAGCGAGCUGGGUUGCAGCUGGUGUGUCGCCGCAUUCGAGAUGAAAUCCGUAUCUAUGCUGGCAUCGGAGCCAGGGUCGAUGAACUAGGUUACUGGGGGGUUUCGUGUAUGCGAGAUCUACUGGUUGACACGAUCGUAGUUGGACCCUACCGUCAACCCCUAUUGAGACCAAUGGACAUGAUUCAACGCCCGUAUGAUACUCAACAUCUCUGCUUUGCAGGGCCGAUAAGCAUGCCCUACAUGGACGCUUUCCUCGGUCGAUGUCGUGGUGUUCGAAAGAUCUCAGUGACUCAUGAAGUCAGUGAGCGACAGCCGAUUCCAACGGAUGAUCUUCGAAAAAGAGACUACAGGUCCUGGCGAAAACUGGAUGUGAUUCGGAAGAGAUCAUACCCUAUGAACCACUGCAAGCUUUUGGAAUUAUGCCCAACUGGACGUUUGCAACACCUCUCUGUCCAGUGGUCCCUCGAAGUUUGCUACUGCAUGAAUAUCGUAAAGUUGAAGAUCGAUGUCUCUGCCUUCCUGAAGUUAAACGAAGCGCGAGAAAUGCAUAUUGCGAUCCUGAAAUUUGUGGAGAAACAUCCCAGCCUUCAAGAACUUUGGGUGAAGAGCAGGGUGGCUAGACAUAUCAGAUCCGGGAAGCCAAAGUUGGAUUUUUUGAGACCCUAUGUUGACGUUCAGCGUACCGCCAGGAAUGCCCGUUUCCGUCAUAUUACAGUGUUGGAAGAUAACGUGGAUUUCCUCGCGUGGGGAUGUUUCUUCAUGGAGCAAAAUCAACUGGAAACAAUGCAGUUGAUGCACAACAUCCCCUACGAUCAUUGCGCCUAUUCUAUCAAAAUGAACGAAACUACACUGACAAAAUUGGCAGUUAAGAUCAUGUUGGACUAUGCUAUUCCCCCUAAGUAUAGAGACAUUGGACAACGUAGCUUCGGACUGGAUAUUUUCCGAAACUGCAAAUCUCUAAAAGAACUUCAUAUUACCAUCGCAAAGUCUCUAAAGGCCAAGUUGGGCGUGUGGGAAAACAGAGUGAGAAAGUUUGAUGGUCUUCCAAAAUCAUUGGAGGUUUUGGCCUUACGUAAUAUCUCUUUUGUCGAUGAAGAGUUUCUGGAGGUCUGCCGCCUUCGGAAACUCAGAAGUUUGGGUGUCGUGAUCACCUUAUCUCAAGGGGUCAAAGCUCCCCCAUUCAGUAACGAGUUUCUUGGAGCUCUGUUCUACAUGAGGUCCUUGGAAGAGUUGAUGAUCCAGGGCAUGACCUUUACGUUUGAAGAACCCCAGGCUAUGUUGCGUUUCAAACAAUACACAAAUCAUCAGGAGAUUGGGGCCAAGAACAUUUUGCAUAUUCGUGGAAAGCUGAAAAGUGAUUUGCCCUCCUUUACCCGUUGGGAAUCCACAGGAUUGACUCAGAAAAUUAUGCGAUACAAGUUUGAAGAUGAUAAUAUAAUUUAUGAAGUUUAAUUCAAUACUAUUUUCGAACCCCGUGUAACUCACACCCAGAAACGCUCGUUUUAUUUUUACGCAUUAUGUAAAAUUUAUGUCGUGAUGUAUAAUUUCCACUGAUGCUAGAAUUCAUUAGCUAGCCAAAAUUUUGUCUUGAUGUAUUUUUUGUAUUGGCGAAUAACCACAAAAUUCCAGUGAAUAUCAAAAUAAACUGCGAUUACUAUAUUCGCAACUGGUAAACUCACA